GCGGGGGCGGGGAGGUUUCAGUCACGGACGAGGACGGGGCCGCCGCCGCCGUGCCGGGUGUGGGGCGAAGCGGAGCCGGAGGCUGCGGUCGCCGCCUGGCACCGAGCCGCGGGCGGCACCGCGGGUCCGCCCCCACCUGCGCCGCCGCCCGCCCCCUUCCCGCUGCUGCCUAGGAUCCCCCACCUUUUUUCCCUUCCCCCCCCCCCCCCUUUUUUUUUCUUUUUUUUCCCCUUCCUCCCCGGCCGGCCCCGGCAUGAGCAUCUCCAUCCCGGCGGGGCUGACGGAGCUGCUGCAGGGCUUCACGGUAGAGGUGCUGCGGAGCCAGCCCGGGGACCUGCUGGAGUUCGCCCUCCAGUACUUCGGGCGCCUCAAGGAGGAGGAGGCGGCGGCGAAGAAGGAGAAGAAGGAGAAGGAGGCGAGCGGCCGCAAGGCGGGCACCCCCGCGCCCGGCCAUGACAGGGGCAGCCAGCCGCCGCGCCGGGCCCCCCCGGACGCCCGCGGGGUCAACUUCGCGGAGGAGCCUAUGCAGACCGACUCGGAGAGCGGCGAGGAAGAGGAGAAGUUCCCGGCUCGCUGGCAUGAGCCAAAGAAUACAAGGAUGAGUGCUGCCCCGGUCACCUCUCCAGUGAUAAAUCGAUUCACAAGACGGGCAUCAGUGUGUGCAGAAGCUUAUGAUCCUGAUGAGGAAGAAGAUGACGCAGAAUCUAGGAUUAUUCACCCUAAAACAGAUGAUCAAAGAAACAGGCUGCAAGAGGCUUGCAAGGACAUUCUCCUUUUUAAGAACCUAGAUCCGGAACAGAUGUCUCAGGUGUUGGAUGCGAUGUUUGAAAAGCUGGUUGAAGGAGGGGAACAUGUCAUUGAUCAAGGGGAUGAUGGUGACAACUUCUACGUCAUUGAUAGAGGGACAUACGAUAUUUAUGUAAAAUGUGAUGGUGUUGGGAGGUGUGUUGGCACCUACGAUAACCGAGGAAGUUUUGGUGAGUUGGCCUUAAUGUACAAUACACCCAGAGCAGCUACAAUUAUAGCUACCUCUCCUGGUGCCAUCUGGGGUUUGGACAGGGUAACGUUCCGAAGAAUCAUUGUAAAAAAUAAUGCCAAAAAGAGAAGAAUGUAUGAAAAUUUUAUUGAGUCAUUGCCAUUCCUUAAAUCGUUAGAAGUAUCGGAGCGUUUGAAAGUGGUUGAUGUGAUUGGCACCAAAGUGUACAAAGAUGGGGAACAAAUCAUUGCUCAGGGUGACAUGGCUGAUUCUUUCUUCAUUGUGGAAUCUGGGGAAGUAAGGAUUAUAAUGACAAGGAAGGGUAAACCAGAUGUAGAAGAGAAUGGAGCAGUUGAAAUAGCUCGAUGCUCAAGAGGACAGUAUUUUGGAGAACUUGCUCUUGUAACCAACAAACCACGAGCUGCUUCUGCAUUUGCUCUUGGCACCGUAAAAUGUUUAGUCAUGGAUGUGCAGGCAUUUGAAAGGCUUUUGGGACCUUGUAUGGAAAUUCUGAAAAGAAACAUUGCAAACUAUGAAGAGCAGCUAGUUGCUCUGUUUGGAACAAACAUGGACAUUGCUGAUACCAGUGCAUGAACUAAACAUUGGAGCAACAAGAUCUGUUAUGAUAAUAUAGCACAGUAGUGGUUAGUCCACUGAGAAAUUGUCUCUCUUCCUAUAGAUGCCAGGCAUUUUCUGUGAUUUUAGGAGCGGGUUUGGGGGUAUUUUUGGACUUAUUACAGUGGAAAUACAGUAAACAAAAUAGGAAUUUAAUAAAUUGUGGGCUUGAUUUUUGAAAGUGCUCAGCACUGAUGGUUCCAUCUGACAUUAAGAAGACCUGCAGUGGCACAGCACCUUUGAAAAUCAAGUCCUUUAACACAACAUUUCAAUAAAGAGUAGAUUUCAAAAAAACCCACGUGAUGAACUUGUUAAACCAGCUUCUGUUCUUCAAAAUGGUUACAAUUUUUCUGGGAAGACUGUUAGUUUGAAUGUGGUAUGUUGAAAGUAUUAGUGCACACAAAGUGUUUAUAUGUAUUAAUACAGAAGAUAUACAGUAGAUAUUACUUUCUGACUAUUACGGUUGUCAUGAUUUUAUGUUGCAUUUAUCACGAGUGUAGUGAAUCACAAGACUAAUCGUAAGAUAAAGCAUGACAAUGCAUUUUGUGUAACGCUCAUGACCCAGAUCUGAUUUUUAACAUUUUGUAAUUUGUCUUAAAGUCCUCUUUGUUUAAUAUGUCAUGUUUCAGCACGACAUUGUAAUAUCUUAUGCAAUUUAGAGGACUUGUAUAUUUUUGCAAUAAACUGCAUUUUUUAUUAGUUACAUGUAUUCUGUACAGUCUAGAGUGAGAACAGCUGACAAAUUAACCUUAAUGCUUUAAAAGCAAAGGUAUAGGUUGUUGUCAUGUUCUGCCUAAUCAUGCAUAACCUAUGUUGUUUUACUUCUCCCUUGUUUUAUAUUUAUGCAUUUUGUCUUCUCUAUCUGUGCUUGUUCUCUAGUUAGUUGUUUUUUUUAGAUCUCACCUUUUUUAUCUGUUAAAUCUUUUACCUAUUUCAAUCGAUCUCUGUAUAUCUCUCUUCUUGCAGUCUAAUCUUAGCUAUCAAAGACCAGAUCCAAUUACUGAUGUGACUGAUACUGAAAGCCAUGCUAAACUAAGCUUGUUCUUGAAAAAUCCUUAUCAGCAAGUACAAAAGUAUUAUUGAAUUUUAAAGAUCAAUAGUUUAAAAGCUUUGUACAAGUCUGGAAAUUAUGCUGCUGUUAAAGCUAACAUGUCCUGCUUUCAAAACCUGUAGGUCAUCGUAAAAUAAUACCUUUUUAGCCAUAAUAGCAUGGGAUACCUUCUGAGACUGAAGAGAGAGACUAUCAUCAUAAAUACGAGCACAGGGCUCAUUGCUUACAAAGGUCUGUGACUGGAAAUUUCAGGCACAGUCCAGUUUUAAUACUGUUUACUGACCUAUCUGUUGAUGUAUGUGGAAAGCUAGUGCACGUAAUGGCAACUGGCAGUGGUUCUGCCAAAAUGGUACUACAGGAAUUGUAGGGAGGGAGGCUGCUUGUGCCCUGUUUUGAAUACCUGAAUGAUAACAUCUUUCCUUCUUAGAUAAUGACUUUUCUAAUGCCAUAUAUUUGUGUAUGUUGAUGUAAUUAUUACCCCAUAGUUAGUGAUACGUUCUGACCAUUUAUAUAAUCAUACCCGCAUAUGAAAUUAUGAUUAUAUAAUUAUAAUAUAUAAUUUAUAUCAUACAGUAUGAUGUAAAUUAUAAGGCAAAUUAUUAACAAAACAGAAUCUGAGCAAAAUUUACAAGUGUCAUGUUUUUUAACCUAGAAACCUGGUAUGAACAAUUACACAUAUAACUUGCCUUUGUACUUUUGAUUUAUGGAAAAAAAGAGAAGCCUGUUAUACUAGAAGGAAAUAUCAGGUAACCAAAAUCUACACACUUGUCAUUCUGUAUGCUUAAUCUCUAAAAGCUACCUAUAUUUUGCACUAGCUUAAUGUGAUUAAGAGAAAUGCUAGAAAUUACUUGUAUGGCAGUAAACUACAAUCAAGGCCAUAAAUGCCAGUCACGAUAUUUUCAAUAUUGUUGGUUAUAUUUAAAGUUUCCUUACAAUAAACGACACUUUUAUAUAUAUAAAUAUAUGUUUAUUGAUAUUGUUGUGUUUUAAUUCCAUUAUUAUAAAGCUGCAAGUGAACUAUUUAUAUUCAUUUAUUAAAACAUUCCUAAUUCUUAA